CCUGUGGCUGCAGAGAGGUUUCUGAAGAGUUUUUGUGGGUUUGUGUUUAUAUGAUAUGAAUGGAACCGGUACAGUAACCCUUUUGUCAACACCGUGUUUAAGAAUGUUUAAGACGUGUUUGGAAAAAUUUGGAAACAGGUUCAUUCUUGAGCUCAAGACGUGUUUGUUCCCCUUCUGAUAGGUUUUUGUUUAGCGCUUGAAAUGAAGCAAUAUCCCGAAUCCCGUCCCGUUAGCUCAUGGGAGUGAAGGAGCUGCAUUGGUUCAAGUCGAAGCAGGAAUUGGUUCGCGCCAGGUCGGUUUGAAAUGCCAUGGCGGACAACUUUACUGCAAGGUUGCAGAGGAUCUUCCACUUGGCCUGGCCUUCCAUCCUCUCGGAGCUCUCCACACCUCUCUUGGGCCUCGUGGACACCGUGGUCGUCGGCCACUUCGCAGAUGCCGAGGAUCUGGCGGCGCUGGCGCUGGCGAUCGCUGCCUACAACCCGCUGAUCGUCGUCUUCAACUUCCUGCGGAUGGGCUUUGGCGGAGUGAUUGCGCAGGCUGCAGGGGCCCGCGACGUGGAGGAACUGGUCGCCUGCAGUGUGCGUGGCAUUCUGUUGGGUUUGGCGGUCGGCUUGACCUUGAGCAUGGCACGCGAGGUGUUGGCAUCGCUGCUUUUCGGGAUGGUCCUGCACCAGCCUGAUCCCGAGACGACCAUGGUGGCCCAAAGCUACUUCCAGUGUCGCAUUCUGGGAGCCCCUGCGGCCUUGUCCAACUACGUGGUGCAAGCGUGGCUGAUCAAUGUGCAACGCACUGACAUCGCCAUGGCGCAAAACGUCCUACUGAAUCUCUGCAACGCGGUCCUUUGCGUCGUGUUGGGUGACCUGGCGGUGUUUCUCCCUUUAAGUUACGUCCUGGAUGGCGGCAUCGUUGGAGUGGCCUGGGCCACUGUGCUGUCCAACUACUUGGCGUUUGCCUUCGGCGUCAUGCAGAUCUCCCGUGUGGCACACACCCUCCCUUGGGUGAAAGCGCCCUUGGCCAUCAAUUGGCAUUUAGUUUUUCAGCCACAACGGCUUUUGCGGCUGGCCUCCCUGAAUGGAAAUGUGGUCCUUCGCUCCAUUUGCAUGAUGACCAUUGUCACGGACUUUACGUCUUUGAGCGCCAAGCUGGGGAGCUCGGCGCUGGCGGCGAACAACCUGCUAAUGCAGCUACAGAUGUUGAUCUCUUUCGGCGCGGAUGGCUUUGCCAACGCGGGGGAGGCGCUGGUGGGAGAGGCCAUCGGCCAAGGAGACCCUCGGAAGGUCCGCCGGACGGUGCAGGCACUUCUUACCUGGGGAUUCUUGCUUGGCUUGGGCUUCACGCUUCUGUUUAUGGUCUUCGGACAUCAGAUCUUGGGGGUGUUAACCUCACAUCAAGAGGUACUUCACUAUGCUUCGAUUUAUUUGCCCUGGCAGUGGGCCGCGCCAACCCUCUCUUUCACUGCUUACCUCAUGGAUGGUGUUUUUGUGGGGGCUGCACGCCCGAGCAGUAUGAGGGAUGCCACUUUUCUCGCCAUGCUGGUCUUUUGCGCAAUCGCCCACAUAAGCCCAGACAACAACCUCUUGUGGGCAGCUUACAUGCUGCAUCUUAUCACACGUGCAGCGGUCCUGGGAUACUGGUAUCCGGCAGUGGAGGACUCUGCUUCAGAAGUCAAUGAAUAUCGGGAAACACUCUUGGCAACUUGAACCCCUUGAAACUAGGAGUUUAUUUUCCAUCUGGUGGACCGCUGUGGCUCGAUACAAGCUGAGCAGCCAACUCCCGCUUUGUGACGUUUCUGGCAUGCUGCGCAUCAACGUCUUCGUGGGGCGGCUGAGGGCAGCUUUCCCGGCACCCAUGCGCGGCACCGAGGCAAGAUCUGGGGCCCUGUGGAGUGAGCGCGGUGUGCCUCUGAGGCCGAAAGAGAUCCACAUGCUGAGCAGCAAAAAGCAGCUGUGCUUGGUGUGUCACAUGUCAAAGAAACAUGUGGCUUUACAAUUUUGCUGUGAGAGG